GUGCACGGGCCAUUAGCAUUUGCCCCAUCUCUUAGUAUCCUUACUCAUUAUCUCCUUGGGUUCUUCCUUUUGGUCAAAUAAUCUUGAACCGCACUCAAUCAGCUUGAAUUACUAUUAUACGGAAUUUUUGUUGUACUUUUUGGCCUCAGCGUGUACAUCUUCCGACAGAGGUUUACACCUGGGAAGCUUUAUAUCACUGCCACCGUUCUUUUUUUUAUAGCUGCUACUGCGUCCGUCACGCUGAAUCUCAUUUCCGUGUGCACCCGCCUGCCACUACCAUUCCUCAUGUUUAGAGGUUCAGUGUACAUUGAACUUUCAGGAGAUGGGGCACUGGCAUUUGUGUCUUCUGCUGAAGCUCUGUUCCUCUUUGUUGGGUCAUUAUCCGACAUCAUGUUGUUACAACGUUGUUACCGCCUUUGGAACUCCAAAAAAUAUGUUAUUGUUGUCCCUGCCUUUUUGAUACCUGCCUGUGUUGUUCUCUGGAUAGUGACAGCAGUUAUUGGACUGGAGGAUAUAUCUUAUAUGCCUUAUAUCCUUGUCACACUUGCUCAAAAUCUAUACCUGUCAGGGAUGAUAGCCGGAAGGAUGUACUGGCUGAACCGUAAUAUGAAGACCAUCUUUGCUGGUCAAUCUAGUCAAACUCCUUCAAAACCCAUCAUUAUCAUUCUUGAGUCUGCCAUUAUCACACCAAUAUUUCUGACUGUAUGGGUCUCUUUGGAAUUUUCAAGGAGAGGAACAUCUGUUAUAAGUCCAUGUGCAUUAAUCCAGAUUGUGGGAAUAGCAUCAACAUUGAUGGUUGUGCGCAUAGGGCUUGGAAUAGAUGUUCUCUCAAGUUCUCAGACAUGUACAACUCAAAUUGAGGUGGAAAAUCAAGGAAGUGGAGAACAUCAUCUGGAAUGUAACAACAUAGGCACUGCUGGGCAACUACUGCAACCAUUCGAACUUCAAUAUGUUUCUGGAGAUCAAUCAGAAUACAUGGUAGAUCGCUCCGAACAGAGCACCACAGAUGUUCCCUCGACUAGUAACCAGUCAUUUCAACCUUCCACUCUCAAAUAUCCUCAACCUCCACCCAGUAAUACUUCCGGAGUAGGAAAAAAGAAGAAGAAGGGACUUAUCUCUCCUUGA